UUUACUUUUUUCUGUUCGUGAUGGAGAGGGAGUUUGAUUCGAGUUUCGCCGGCGGUGAGAGCGACAAUGAGUCUAGCAUCGACGCGAUGUUCUCCGGCGUGAGCUUUCAGUCAUUUCUGGCCGAGAAAACCUUAAUGCCGUUAUACGGCGACUACGCAUUCGGAGAUCCUCCGCUUGGUUUUCUGGAGAACUCGACCAGUACGACCACACCGACGUCGUUUCCAUUCACCUUCUUUAGCGAGGAUUUUCCGGCUCUGAAGUACCGCAACCAACUCGGUCAAAACUCCUCCGACGAGGGCCCCCGAGUCGGACAACUCAAGUCCGGCGAAGACGCAGGGAAACACAAGCUCAACCUCAAGCUCCCCAAAACCGAACCGUUUCACUUCCAUAACGAGUUCAACACCGAAACGAUUCAGACUCAGACUCAGCCAUUCAAUUUCUUAACCAACCCAACCGCUGAUCUCAAACUCUCACCGCAUUUCUUCCACUUACCUCAUUUACACUCGCUCGAACAUUCCCAAGCCCAAGCAUAUCUUUCUGCGUCACCAUCCAAACGUGCCCGAGUCGACUCAAUGACCAGCCCGAGUCGACUCAGUGAUCCCCAAACCCUAGACUCAAUCGUGCAGAGCUGCUACUACCUGAACCGUCCGGUUGUCAUCCCGCAGAGCAAGCUGGCUCGGCGGCGGCGCCAGAAGCUGAGCGAGAAGAUGCAGGGCCUCCAGAAGCUAAUGCCUUGGGAUACCAAGAUGGACAUGUCCACCAUGCUCGAGGAGGCCCACAAGUACGUGAAGUACCUUCAGGCCCAGCUAAAGGCCCUACAGUCCAUGCCUCCCCACUCCUCCAGGGCCUUUCCUGCGGCCCAGACCUCAUACGGCGGCGUUUUCGGCUACCUGGAAAAGCUGACCAGGAGCCAGAUCCUCCAAGUGCUCGUCAACUCGCCCGUGACGCAGAACGUGCUCUACUCCCAUGGCUUCUGCGUCUUCUCGUUGGAGCAGCUCAGGGACGUCCCUUCUCUGCAGAUGUUGCGAUUCUUCAAUCCCUGACCGAGCAAGGUGGCGCGUGGUUUGCACGCUCCGUCGCUUUUUUUUGGUGGCGGUUUUGAGGCUUCUCAGGGUUUUGGUAAC